GACACCAUGACACAAGAUCAUCUGUUUACAAGGGGCGAAGGCGGAGGGUGGACGAGAAGCUGUCAAUGAGAUGUUCUUGUAGAGGUGUCCUAGCAGCGCUACACGCGGCCUUAGUCUACACCUAAUGAUCACUGUAGCAAGCCCUGAAAAUGGCUCAGUGUAAACUAACCCCUCACGAGUAUAUUCAGAAUGCCUUCGCUCCUCAGGUGGCCAUCCUGUGCAGUGAGGAUGCAGAUAAUCUCUGCUUGAAGAAUAAUUUAAGAUUUGUAGAGUUAAUACAACCCUUCUGCAGGCUUAAUAAUGAGGUACGUAUUGCUGAUCCAUCUGGCAACACUGUGCCUGUUCGGUCUCUUCGUGUGGUUUUUGAAGAUAUGAACCGACGACCACCCCAGCCCACCCUAGGCAAGAAACUACUGAGUGAGGUAGUGAGCACAACACCCUGGGACAGACCAAUCACCAGGACUGUAGGGGCCUCUGGAACUCGUGAAGCUUUGGAUCUAGAAUUGCAACCAACAACUCCCUGGUUUGAAGCUUGGCGUGAUACAUUUCUUCAUGUUCAGUAUCCCUCAGACCAUGAAUUUACAAAGCAUUACAUCGCAUGCAUUGUGGUAGUAGCAUCAACAAGUGAAAAUCCGAUGGACCAACUUAACCGACUGUCUCAGUACCAACACCAGCAACUUCAUCAGACACCUGCACGUUUCCCCAAGUGGUUUUCUCCAAAUAUUCUCAAGUUUUAUCUUCUCAUACAUGAUGUGACAGCUGGAGACUUAACCAAAUCAGAACAAGUAUUUGAACAGAUGACUAGCAUGUAUGGAAGCAGCAAUUGUCACAUGUUACAAAUCAACUCUCGUCACAUUGGCCAAACUGAUGUUCACCUACCAGACCCCUGGAGUCAGUUCCUCAUUCAGAGAGCGUCCUGUGAUCCCAGUGGCGGUAGCAGUUCCGAGGCCAGCAGUGGAACAGGGACUCCUCGUGAGGAUGUGAGUGGUCUUCCAUCACGAGUUACUGAAGGUGAUACUACAGAUUGUUGUGAAUCAAUACAUCCUCUUUCUCCUACAGUACCUCCAGUGGAUGAAAAAAAUGGGACUUUUGACAUCAUGCCUGGAGUAGAAAUAUCAGCUGAUGUACCUGUGAUGGUGAAUAGACCUAGUUUACCUGCUGGUACAGUUCAACAUCAUGGUGGCUGUUUAACUUCUUCUGAUGUUGACCGUAUACGUAUUUUUGUUCAUGAAUUUUGUGUAAGAUCAUUAAUUCCUCACGUGGAGAGACAGAUAAGGUACUUGAAUGAGGUAGUGACAAAUAGAUCGCGAUCAAAAUCUCUGUUGAGUGCCACACGACGUUGGCUUGUUGGGAACAAGAGUCCUGGCAGUGCCACUAAUUCUGUCAUAUACAGUCCUGAAGCCACUGAACUUCAGACAAGAAGGCUUGCAGAUUUAUGUUUCAUGUUUGGACUUUAUGAACUAGCAUAUAGUUUCUAUCACACAGCAAAAAAUGACUUCAAGAGUGAUCAGGCUUGGCUAUAUUUUGCUGGUGCACAGGAAAUGGCUGCACUUGCUGCUUUUAUGCAGAACAGCUCAGAUUAUCCCAAGCGCUACUUGGAAAACAGUUUGCAGACCUACCUCAAUGUUUGUAAGGUGUAUAACUUUGCAAUACGAUCAACAUUACUCAGUUCUGAAGUCUUGAAGCAUUGUGGAGAAUAUGGAGAAGCUGCAAUGAUGUUUAUCAAGCUCACUUCAGAGGAGAGUGACCUGUUGUCUGCUCUUAUGUUAGAGCAAGCAGCUCACUGUUUCAUUAACUCCCAGAGACCACUGCCAAGAAAGUACGCUUUCCAUAUGACUCUUGCAGGACACAGAUUUAGCAAGGCUGGACAGCGAUCCCAUUCAUUAAGAGCAUAUAAACAAUCCUUCCAGGUUUAUGCAAGCCGAGGUUGGGUACUUGCAGAGGAUCACAUUCAUUUUACCUUGGGGAAGCAAGCUCACCAUUUGAAGCAGCUUACAGAGGGAUUGGAAGCUUACACUCAUCUUGUGGACCAAAGACUAAAGAAGAAUGCUUCAAGCCAACAGUCUUUGUCCCAACAGACGGCUUAUGUGAGGGAGUUCAUUAAUACCUUCCAUCAGUAUAUCCAGCAAGAAUGGGAUUCAUCAACUAGUCUCCCUUGUCUUCCACUUCCUUUAAUUGACUCUCAGUCUACUAGUGUCUUAUUGGGAGCUCCUCAGGAUCCCCCAACAAGUUCUGAAUGGACAUGUGCAUCUUAUGUAUCCUUGGACAGUGAUAUGACUAAUAAUGAACGGUGGUAUUCAUUAGAGCGAAACUUGGUUGAGACAAGUCAUGGUUCAUCUUUGGUAUUUCGGCCAAAUUUGCAGUUACUCAAUUGUGACACUCCAAAUACACAGAGUCCAAUUGUUCCAGUAAAUGAACCGGUGUUAGUCGAAAUUUUAAUGAAAAAUCCAUUAGCAGUAAGUUUAAUGAUAAGUGAUGUUCGUUUAGUUUUUUCAUUUGAGCCAGCCAAACAUGUAGAAGCUAAUGAUGCUCCUGUAAAAGAUUUUUUAUAUUCUGGGUUCAAUCUUCCAGCUGGUGCUGAGGAAAAAGUUAGACUAGAAUUACAUCCCCAGUGUACAGGAAAACUAUUAAUAAAAGGGGUUAUAUAUAAACUUUGCCUUACACCUGAUAUAACCUCAGGACACCCUCCUGGGUCUACAUCAUCUCCAGUAAUUAUUGAAGGUCAGCAGUUGAUUGAAGUCAAGGGACCAAGACUGAAUAACACUUCAGCGGAGAAGUGCAGUGUCAUCUAUGCAUGUGAUAAAAGAUUAGAAAUAACUGUUGUGCCACCAAUGUCAAGAAUAAAUGUGACAUUUCAUGAUAUACCUCAGAUUCUCAGUUGUGGUGAGCUCUGCAGCAUAGAUGUGUUGAUAACAAACAUAGGACCAGCCCCAGUAAGUAAGCUUCUACUAGCUGUGUCAGAUCCUAAUCAUGUGUACCUGGACAUAGAAGAAACACUGUUACCUGCUAAGCCCAUUUGCGUCCUCUCUGAUCUUGAGACUGCAGAUAGCAAAAUUGCCAAUUGGACUACGACAGUAGCACUACCUAAUGGUGUGUUAAAUUCUGGUGAUGUUAUACAACCCAAACUGUGGCUUCAUGCACCCAUGACACCAGGAGCAUUUGAUGUGGAACUGCUGUUCUACUAUGAAACUCUAAAUUCACCAGGGAGAAGCCAAUAUAGGUUGGUGCGGCACUACAGCAGUAUUUACGUAGAAAGAAGUUUAAGUUUUCAGGUAUCAUCCACAAUAAGUCAGAAUCUUCAAGAGUCACUAGGAGACCAACAGGAGAAUAAGAGAAUUUGCAGUUACACCUCUAAUCUCAUUGUAGAAGCUCAAAAUAACUCUGAGAUAGAUAGCACUUGCAGCACAUACACAGUCAUUGGCUUGAGUGGUAACAGUGAGAAAUGGGCAGUUGUACCUCAUUCACAUUUGCAAGGUCUACAGCUCAAAUCAGGAGAGUCUUGCCAUCUUUGUGUUAAAUGCAUUCAGCAUUUGAACACACAAAAACAUGGGCUGAUUCUUUCACAGCUUCACUUUGGAAGUUGCCAGGUACCUCUGAACUCUUGGUGGCGCUUUUCACUAAGAGAACGUAUAAAUCUUCAAGACCUUGUGGCUGAUCCUUCUCCUCCAAACCCAUCAUCAGAGCACAUCCCUCCACCACCAACCCCAACUCAGCAAGAUGCAAACCACAUAAUUGAUGCAAAUAGUUUAGACAUGGUAGUCUCUAUUUUAUGGAAGGGCGAAGAGGGGGGGACGGGAAAUAUGGGACAACAUAGCAUUUUUCUGAAAAAACUUGGGGAUGGUGUAGCAUACCCACCACCCCGGGUUUUAACUGGGGAAGAGGAGAACCCCCUUAAGUCAUUCCAAAAAUUUCCCCACAACCCAAAAACCAUCCCCCCCUUUCCCCAAGCUUCCAAGCUAAAACACUUAGUCAAGAUCUCCUCAUUUUUCCCAAAUCUUGGGGAAAAUGAUUUUAUUUCUAACAGAUUAUGCAGUCUCGAGUAUGAGCUGUGUUUGCACAACUGUAGUUCCUGCCAACUUACAACAUUUCUCAAUCUGUGCCCAGAAGGCUUCUCUGGCAGUAAUGGAGGUGCGAGUAACCAUGUGUACUCACCACAAGCCAGUACUCAGCUGUUAUAUGUAGGAGGAACUGUACGCAAGGUUUCCCUCUUACCCUGGGGAUGCAGUACAGUUCCUGUUCGUGUUUUGAUCACUAGUCCUGGCACAUACAGCUUAGGAGUCUUCUAUCUGACCGCCUUAAGGAAUACCGCUGUUGAAGUUAAAUCUGACCAACCAAUCCCACAAGCUUGUCAACUGCAUACUGCUGUUACAGUUAGACAGGUUCCUAAAGGAAACCAUCUCUCACACAGUACAUGAUAGCUCCAACUGGGGAUGGGGAAAAAAGGGGGUUAUAGGUUUUCUAUACUUCAUCUGUAUUAUUCUUGUAAUUAGCAAUGUAUAUUGUAUUACUGUUAUUUCCAAGAUUUGUUAGUGAGGGCAAUAGUGCCUGCUCUGUCCCAAAUGCUUUGUAACACAAGUUAAUAUACGAGACAGUCAUUCCUUGCCUCCCAGCCCUACACACACCUUUCUCAUGUGCCUGACCUUAAGUGGAAAGUUUGAGGUUUGUGAUUUUGUGACAAAUAAGUUGUUCCUCAAAGUUAUCCUACUGAGUCAGAUAGGGUUAUCGUAUAAUUGCUGCUGCAUUCAAUUUUCUUAGGAAUUAUUGGCAGAUAUUUAAAGGUACGGUGCCCUGGGAUGAAAGUCAGUUGUAUUUACCUAUUUGUACAGUUAUUUGUAAAUUUCUUAAAUAGGUAGCGGAUAUGUUUUACUAAUUACAACUAGAUUUAUCUUGUAAAAUUUUGUGUAGAAGAAUUGUUAAUUAUAUUAAUUAAAGAUAUUUUAUGUGAAAAUGAGGUUUUCAGACCACUUACAACAAUGUGCAAAACAAAUUUAAUAAUUAAUGGUGUGUAGCUCUGAAUUCUGGUGCUUUACAUUGGAAGUAAAUGGAAAACACUAAGAUUUAAUUAGGUCACAAUUUAAAGGCAAUAACAUGUUUUAGUAUCAUUACUCUAAAUAAAAAAAAAAUACCAUAAGUUUCUUAACUUAGGUGAGUAUUCACAAGGUUAUUAAUAUAGGACUAAAUGGACUGCAAGAUCUAAUCAUAGUUUGAUCAACUUUUAUAUCCAAGCCUUGCAUUAAAUGUGCAAACUUGUUGAUAUCAGGUGUAUCAACCUAAAGUAAUCAGUUGAGUCAGAUAUCAGUACAUGAAAUUUUGUGGUAGGUAAGACACAUAGGCAACAGUUAGGCAACUUUAUUCCGAAACGUUUCGCCUACACAGUAGGCUUCUUCAGUCGAAUACAGAAAGUAGGCAGGAACAGUAGAGAUGUGAAGAUGAUGUAAUCAGUCCAUCACCCUUGAAGUCGUAGAAUUUGAGGUUGUCAGUCCCUCGGCCUGGAGAAGUUCAGUUCCAUAGUCAGGAACUAUUUACUUUCUGUAUUCGACUGAAGAAGCCUACUGUGUAGGCGAAACGUUUCGGAAUAAAGUUGCCUAACUGUUGCCUAUGUGUCUUACCUACCAACCUGUCGGUAUUGUAUACCAUUUUGAUGUUCAUGAAAUUUUGUAUUCAUGUUGCUUCACUUGAAACAUUUACAUUUGAAAAGACCUUUUUCCUAUUUCCAAGAGCUCUUGUGAGACUUAAUCGUUCACAAGUACUGCACUUAUUGUUUUCCAACGGCCCUCCCUGAAACUGAAGUACUAGUACAGUAUUCUACAAAGCUAGAUCUGUGUAUCUUUAUUCAGUAACCACAAAAGUAAUAUGAAAAUGUAUUAUAUCAUUGGGUGUACUGUGUGAAACAUUUAUAAUUAAACAUUUAAGCAUAUGUGACAAAAAGAGGUAUAAAGAUAAA